GAGAGAGUGAGUGAGUAAGGGGGCUUAAAGUUAAACCCCAGAGAAAGGCGUAUUUGUGUUCUGGUGAAGUGGAUAACGUUUUCUUCUACAACUCUCAGCUACUAUUUCUCUUGCCUUGCUAUUUCUUCAAACUUCCAGCUUCAGAUUUCAUAAGAAAAACUACGAAUCAACAAUCCUUCACAUUUGAAUUCUAAUACACAUAUACAUAUAUAUAUAUAUAUAUAUGCAAUGGCUUCCUCGAUUCUUCUUCAACAACCCACUCACUGUUUCUUCUCCAAUUUCCAGUUGUUGAAAUCUUGCCGACAUGGAUGGGAAACAAUCAUGUGUGACACAGAGAGCAGCAAAAGAAUUCGACCCAUUAGAGCUUCUACGGCUGUUGAGACCUUUCCUUCUGCUUCAUUCCCUAUCUUUGAAUCCCCUUCACAGCCCGAAGAUUCACUCGCUUCUGAGUUGGAGCCAGCAGACCCUGAUUUCUACAAGAUAGGAUAUGUUCGAAGUGUUAGGGCUUAUGGAAUUGAAUUCAAGGAAGGUCCUGAUGGUUUUGGAGUCUACGCGUCCAAGGAUGUCGAACCAACUCGUCGUGCCAGGGUGAUCAUGGAAAUUCCGUUAGAAUUGAUGUUAACCAUAAGCCAGAAGCUCCCAUGGAUGUUUUUCCCAGAUAUAAUACCUAUUGGGCAUCCAAUAUUUGACAUUAUUAACUCAACCAAUCCAGAGACAGAUUGGGACCUGAGGUUAGCUUGUCUUCUUUUAUUUUCAUUUGAUGUCAAGGGUAACUUUUGGCAGCUAUAUGGUGACUUUUUGCCUAGUGCUGAUGAGUGCACUAGCUUGCUUCUAGCCACAGAGGAGGACCUUUUGGAGCUGCAGGACCAGAAUCUUGUUUCAACUAUGAGAGAACAGCAACGGAGAGCUUUAGAAUUUUGGGAAAAGAAUUGGCACUCUGCCAUACCCCUUAAAAUAAAGCGCCUUGCUUGUGAACCAGAGAGAUUCAUUUGGGCAGUGAGUAUGGCACAAUCUCGAUGCAUUAACCUGCAAACAAGGAUUGGUGCACUUGUUCAAGAUUCAAAUAUGCUAAUCCCUUAUGCCGACAUGCUAAACCAUUCUUUUCGGCCAAAUUGUUUUUUCCAUUGGCGCUUCAAGGACCGAAUGCUUGAGGUGAUGAUAAAUGCAGGCCAACGGAUUAAAAAAGGAGAGGAGAUGACAGUCAAUUACAUGAGUCCACAAAAGAAUGAUAUGUUCAUGCAAAGAUAUGGAUUUUCAUCAUCCGUGAAUCCAUGGGAUGUUAUCCAGUUCUCUGGCAAUUCACAGAUUCAUCUGGAUUCCUUCUUGUCUGUCUUCAAUAUAUCUGGCCUUCCUGAAGAAUAUUAUCAUAAUAGUCAGUUAUCAAGUGAUGGAGAGACUUUUGUUGAUGGAGCAGUCAUAGCAGCAGCAAGAACUUUGCCUACUUGGUCAGACGGGGAUAUGCCUCCAAUCCCAAGUGCGGAAAGGAAAGCUGUGAAGGAGUUAAAGGAAGAAUGCUUACACAUGCUUGCAGAAUUCCCCACAACUUCUGAGCAAGACCAACAAAUCCUAGACUCUAUGCCAGAAGCUAGAAGAACGCUUGAAGCUGCAAUCAAGUAUAGAUUACACCGAAAAUUGUUUGUUGAGAAGGUCAUCCAGGCAUUGGAUAUUUAUCAAGAGCAGAUAUUGUUCUAAUCAUAGCAAAUUUUUACAGUUCCGAGACAAAUCUGUUUUCGUUGCCAAAACGGGCACUGGUUUCGACUAUACAUGAUUACUGCAGUAAUUUCCAUGUCGAAUUUGGUAACAAAUAAUAGUAAUUUCCAUGUUCAAGCGUGUGAUAGUGUGUAUUGAUUUUUUUUUUUGGUUUCAUUUAUAUUUCAGUUCUUCCCGUUUUAUUUA